AUGCCCCGGAAAAAAACCCCAGUAUUUGUUCCGAAAUACUGCAUUCUCAAGGGGUGCAAUAGUCUUGGGCACGUCGAUGGGGUUAGGAGCAGUCAUAUAACCCUCUCUGGUUGCCCAAAAUAUCACAACAAUACCAUAGAAUACUUCCGUGAAAUCCGAGAACCCUCUCAAGAUCUCCAACCCUUCGAAAACUUGGACGAGGAACUAAGCAUUGACAAACAAUUCAUCAAAGUUAAUGAACCUUGCUUGGAUGGUCUUGCUUCUGAUGCCGAUAUUCUACUGUUCCGUCGAGCACAGCAAAAACUGGCUUCAGAUAAGAAAAAGGAAGUCGAGGAUCAUCUUAUUACACUGGCAAAGUUACAUGGGAUGCAGAAGGACAAGAAACCCCUUUCAUCGCAGGUCUUUAUUUCACCUUUGCCCAACACUACCACUGAAACCCCUUUGUAUACCGAAAAUAACAUCAAGGAGAUUGUGUUCGGUGAUUGGGAAAUGCAAACAUGGUAUGGGAGUGUCUUCCCGCCUACAAUCGCCUGCCUUCCUCGCAUUUACAUCUGCGAAUUCUGUCUCUCCUAUGUGCCUCAUCUCGUUGGCUACCGUCGUCAUAGGCUCCGUUGUAAGCGAAGGUUCCCCCCAGGCAACGAAAUCUAUCGAAAAGAUAAACUGUCGUUCUUCGAAGUCAACGGGGCUCUGCAAAAGGAAUACUGCCACAAUCUGUGCCUUCUGGCCAAGUUGUACUUGAAGCAGAAAACCGUCCACGAGAUCGACCGGGUAUCAGCGUUCAUUUUCUACAUUCUUACCAAAGCUGAUGAAUCUGGAUGUCACAUCGUUGGCUACUUUUCCAAGCACAAAGCGGAAGAGCAAGAUCUCCCACCCGCCACAUUUAACAAUCUCUCUUGCGUUCUGGUGAUGCCACAUUAUCAGAGGCAGGGGUUCGGUCACAUGCUCAUUGAAUUCAGCUACACUCUGAGUCGCCUGGAGGGCCGUUUGGGCACGCCGGAAAGACCUCUCUCGGAGCCGGGACUUUUAGUGUACAGGCGCUACUGGCGAUGGGUCCUGCUCUCAUUUCUCCAGCCCUACCACCACAAAAAUGUCUCCUUUGAGGUCAUCAGUGCAGCAACAGGAAUGACCACAAAGGACAUUAUCACAACCCUUCUCGAUCUGGGAAUGCUGAAGUACAUGCGAACGAAGUACUUCAUUGUCAACGACAAGGCGAAAAUUGAGCGGAUUCUCAAGGAGGUGGGUGAACCAAGGCCGGAUCGGCGGAUCGACACAUCGUGCCUCUACUGGCUCACCGAAUUAGCACCGGUUGUCAGCAGAUCCGAAUCGCCCAAGAAUAAAUACUAUCGACACUACUUUACACCCUUUUUCCUUGAUUUGCACGACUAG